AUAACAGAUGUAUUCAAACAAGCCAUCUAGCCUGCUGCUGUCCAAAGACCCAUUCACCUCAGAAGAACCAUCUGAAGAUCUCUCCUUUUAGAAUUCAGUUUGCUCACUGCUUUUCACAUUGUCAACAUGAUGAACAGAAUUAUGCUUGGAGUCAUUGCAGUGAUUGGAUUCUUCACUCUAUCUGAAGCCCUGACAUGUAAUUCGUGCAAAGUAGGUGUUCUAGGCAAAUGUUUGUUAAGUUCCAAAGUGGAUUGCACCACCCCCAUGAACAACUGCUUCUCUGCAAAAGCAGAGUUCAAUGUGUCUGAGUUCCUGAGCCUGUCCACAAGUGGCUGCACAUCUGAUUGCAACAACACCAGUGGAACCAUCUUGGGUGCGGGAUACACAGUGACCAAAUUCUGCUGUACCACAGAUCUUUGCAAUGGAGCAAGUGCUGUCCAGCUGUCCAUGGCUGGGGUUCUCAGCACCGCCCUAUUGGCCUCCAUCUGGAGCAGUUACAUUCUGUAGAUGUAACACCUCCUUGUCUGUAACACAUUAUUUCACAAUAACUCCUUAAUCCAGAAUCAAUAUAAAUGUAAUCUAGAGUGCAUAUAGAUCCCAUAACUUUCUGUAACUUUAAUUGUUGUUUAACUCUGUUUACUUGUGAUGCAGUGAUAAUGUUUUUAUGGUAACACUUUACAAUAAGGUUCAUUAGUUAAACAUUAGUUAAUGUAUUAACUAACAUGAACUAACCAUGAGCAAUACAUUUGUUACUGUAUUUACUAAUCUUCGUUAACGUUAGGUAAUGAAAAUACAGUUGUUCAUUGUUUGUUCAUGUUAGUUCACAGUGCAUUAACUAAUGUUAACAAGAUUUUAAUAAUGUAUUAGUAAAUGUUGAAGUUAACAUUAACAAAGAUUAAUAUGCUGUAUAAGUUAGGGCUGGGCGAUUUUUACAAUUAAUUCGAAUUUAAUGUUUUGCCUCGAUUUUAUUAUUUUUAAAUCGAGAAAUCGCGAUUUUGAAUAAAAAUGUUAGCAAACGUUACAAUUAGACAUGUUGACAACACAGCAAUAAUAACCGUUAAGAGAAGAAAAUGAUCCGACCUCAUGAUGGCGCCAGCACGCCUGAUUAACCGCUCUCAUGUGACGCUCUAUGAACGUAGAACACAUAGGCUAGUCUUAAGCGCCUGUUCAUUCAGAAACGCGUUAUUGCGUUGAAAAAAAAUCAAAAGCGGGCAGUGGAAUGGGAAAAAAACAGUUAUUAAACGCAAGUUGAACUUUUUCUUUAACUUGACUGCCGCGUUUUUAGAAUGCCGUUUCAUGGGUGAGACGCUGCAAAAGACGCGAGGGUAACAGCCAAACACUUGGAAUGCAAAAACCUGUAAAGAACUACUGCUGUAUGUUUGAUAUUUCAUGUUUGCAUGAUGGUGACAGGGUGAAAGCUGCUGUUAUUUUCUGUUUUUACAAAGCAUUUGCUGUUAAUAAUAGCCUAUUACUGGUGUUAUUUAUUGCUAUUACUUUUUGGCUAAGAAAUAUUUUUAGCAUUUUUCUUAUUUUAAAUCAUUUCUGAGUAUAUAGAAUAUGUUUAAAAUAUGUACAACAUUUGCCUUCAUACUUAAUGCACAUUUUCUGCAAAGAUAUUUAACAAAUAAGUCAUUUGUUUUACAUUUACACCAUGUUGAUUACUUCAGGUGUGGUACACUUGGAAUAGAACUUUUUAAACCAGAUGGUUAAUAAAGAAAAUGUUACUUGAAUCAUAUUGUAGUUGAGUUAAACAAAAAACUAGUUAAAAAAAAAAAAAAAAUCGAAAUCGUGAAUCGGUCAAUCGUUCUGAAAAAAAAUCGAGAUUUUUUUUUUUUUUUUUUUUUGCCAAAUCGCCCAGCCCUAGUAUAAAUGCAGUUUAUUUUUAGUUAAUGUUAACUAAUGUAGUUAAUUAAUGAACCUUACUGUAAAGUGUUACCGUUUUUAUUAACAUUUACAUAGUGUAAAACACAUUACAUUUUCAACACUCUUAUGUCAUUUUUAAUGAAACCUGCAUGCACUCUUUGAAAUGAGGCGAUGAUUUGAGCUGAAUAAUUUUGAAGGUUGAAUAAACUGAAAAAUUAUAGCAAU